CAAACAACGCUUAGUAAGAGACGUAAUCUAACUCGCGGUAGUUUCUAAGUGCGGUGUAUCUUAAGAAUAAGUUAUACGUCGGCUUAAACUGAAAACUUCUAUUUCUCUAUGAAUCUUGGAUAACCUGCUAAAGGUCUGCAUCAUGACUACUGAUAUUGCAGUAGGGGUUCGAUGGGACCCUCUGAUGCAACAUGAUCUGGAAGAUUUUGAGUAUGAUGGAGGAAACAGCUCUUCACGACUCUUUGAAAGAUCACGAAUCAAAGCACUUGCUGAUGAAAGAGAAACAGUUCAGAAGAAAACAUUCUGCAAAUGGGUAAACUCCCAUUUAGUACGGGCUAAUUGCAAGAUUACUGACUUGUAUACUGACAUGAGGGAUGGAAGGAUGUUGAUGAAACUAUUGGAGAUUCUUUCAGGAGAGCCUCUCCCUAGACCUACAAAAGGAAAAAUGAGAAUUCAUUGUCUAGAAAAUGUUGACAAGACCCUCCAAUUUCUUAGGGACCAAAAAGUUCACCUCGAAAAUCUUGGAUCACAUGAUAUUGUAGAUGGAAGUGCUCGUCUGACGCUUGGUCUUAUCUGGACCAUUAUUUUGCGUUUUCAAAUUCAAGAUAUUACUAUUGAACAAGUUGACAGUAAAGAAACCAAAUCAGCCAAAGAUGCCUUAUUGUUGUGGUGUCAGAUGAAAACAGCAGGCUAUCCUAAUGUUAAUAUUCGUAACUUUACCACCAGUUGGAGAGAUGGGCUUGCUUUCAAUGCUCUGAUCCACAAACACAGACCUGACUUGAUACAGUAUGAAAGACUUUCCAGAUCUAAUGCAGUUUACAACCUCAACAAUGCUUUUAAUGUAGCUGAAGAGAAAUUAGGCCUUACCAGAUUGCUCGAUCCAGAAGAUGUUUUUGUUGACUGUCCGGAUGAAAAGUCCAUUAUCACUUAUGUGGUAACCUUUUAUCACUACUUUUCUAAAAUGAAAGCAGAGACCGUACAAGGCAGACGUAUUGGAAAGGUUGUUGGAGAAGCCAUGGAGAAUGAGCACAUGGCAAAUCAGUAUGAAACUCUGACAUCAGAUCUUCUUCAAUGGAUUGAGCAAACUAUUGAAGCACUCUCUGAUCGACACUUUGCCAACUCUCUGAAUGGUGUUCAGCAACAGCUAGCUGCAUUUAAUACCUACCGAACUAUGGAAAAACCUCCAAAGUUUAUUGAGAAAGGCAACUUGGAAGUGCUUCUUUUCACCCUCCAAAGUAAAAUGAGAGCAAAUAACCAGAAACCAUUUUUCCCAAAAGAAGGAAAGAUGAUUUCGGACAUUAAUAAAGCUUGGGAAAGCCUAGAAAGAGCAGAGCAUGAACAAGAACUUGCUUUGAGAAAAGAACUUAUUAGACAGGAGAAGCUGGAGCAGCUUGCCGCUCGUUUUGAUAGGAAGGCUGGCAUGAGAGAAACAUGGUUGAGUGAGAAUCAGAGAUUGGUAUCUCAGGAUAACUUUGGCAUUGAUCUUGCAUCAGUAGAGGCAGCUGCCAAGAAACAUGAAGCUAUUGAGACUGACAUAAAUGCUUAUGAGGAAAGAGUCCAAGCUGUUGUGUCUGUAGCAAAAGAAUUAGAAAGUGAAAACUACCACGAUAUUGGAAGAAUUAAUGCAAGAAAAGACAAUGUGCUUCGUUUAUGGAGCUACUUGUUGGAGUUGCUGCAAGCUCGUCGAUCCAGACUUGAGUUAUCACUUUCUGUGCAACAAACAUUCCAAGAGAUGACCUACAUUCUUGACUCAAUGGAAGAAAUUAAGGCACGGCUCUUGACUGAGGACUAUGGGAAACAUUUAAUGGGAGUUGAAGACUUGCUACAGAAACACAGCCUCAUUGAGGCUGAUAUUAAUAUUCUUGCUGAGAGGGUGAAAUCAGUUGUUCAGCAAGCUGACAGUUAUAUCUUAGAGGAAAUUGAAGGUUAUCAAGCAUGCAGUCCACAAAAUAUCCAGGUACGAGAACAGCAGCUUGAAGUUGCCUACUCUGAACUGGUGCAGUUAGCUCUUGAUCGACGCAGCAAGCUAGAAGAGUCCCACAAGCUGUGGCAGUUCUAUUGGGACAUAACUGAUGAAGAGUCUUGGAUUAAAGAGAAAGAACAGAUAUUAUUACAGGGAGAUAUUGGACAUGAUCUCACCACUGUACAUCUCCUUAUUAGUAAAAAUAAGGCUUUAGAAGAUGAGAUAUUAACCCAUGAAAAACAGCUAUAUGAAAUCAUGAAGGUUGGGGAAGAUCUCAUUCAAGCAGGUCAUUUUGGUGCAGAGAAUAUCAAAGACAGGAUUAAUUCAGUUCAGAACAUGUGGCAGAACUUAAAGGACCUGUUAUCAGCACGCACCAAGAGGCUUGACGAGGCAGUUAGUUAUCAUCAGUUUUUCGCAGAUGCAGAUGAUAUUGACACUUGGAUGCUGGACACACUCCGAGUUGUGUCUAGUGAAGAUGUGGGUAGAGAUGAGGCUAAUGUUCAGUCACUUCUGAAGAAACAUAAGGAGGUUACAGAUGACCUGAAGAACUUUGCCACAUCUGUUGACUCUUUACAUCAACAAGCUCUGAACUUGGGUGAACAGGAUCAAAAGUCCCCAGAGGUCAUGGAACGUCUUGCUAGUAUUGAUCAUAGAUACAAGGACCUUCUAGAAUGUACAAAACUUCGAAAACAAUGUCUUCUGGAUGCUUUAUCUCUUUACAAACUUUUCAAUGAAGCAGAUGGAGUAGAACAAUGGAUAGAUGAAAAGGAGAAGAUGCUAAGCACAAUGGUAAUGAGUCAAGAUAUGGAAGAAAUUGAAAUCAUAAAACAUCGAUUUGAAGGUUUUGAACAAGAGAUGAAUACUAAUGCAUCACGGGUUGCAGUGGUAAAUCAACUGGCUCGACAGUUAAUCCAUGUUGAACACCCUAAUUCUGAUGAGAUACUGUCCCGCCAAAAUCACCUGAAUCAAAGAUGGGCAACUCUGCGUAAACUAGUUGAAGAAAAACGUGAAGAAAUUGAUUUUGCACAUGGAGUGCAGACUUUUCACAUUGAAUGCAGAGAAACCACUACGUGGAUUGAAGAGAAGAAAAAGAUACUGCAGGCCACAGAGGAGCUGGAUAAUGACUUGGCUGGCAUCAUGACCCUACAGAGAAGACUAAGUGGCAUGGAAAGAGAUCUGGCAGCUAUACAAGCCAAGCUUGACUCUUUAGAGCAGGAAGCAGAAAAGAUUCAAAAGGAACAACCAGAGGAGGCUGAAGUAGUACGUGGAAGAAUUUCUGAAAUUAAGAAUGUCUGGGAGCAGCUGACUUACCUGCUUAAAGAUCGUGAUUCAAAGCUUGAAGAAGCAGGAGACCUCCAUCGCUUUUUGCGUGACCUUGACCACUUCCAAAUUUGGUUGACUAAGACCCAGAAAGAUGUGGCUUCUGAAGAUAUACCUUCCAGUCUGGCUGAAGCAGAAUCUGUUCUUAGUCAUCAUCAGCAAAUCAAAGAAGAAAUUAACAACUAUGCAGAUGAUUUUAAUCAAAUGAUGGAGUAUGGUGAACAAGUCACAAAGGAUCAAACUGAUUCACAGUACAUGUUCCUCCAUGAGCGUUUACGAGCCCUUCAGGAUGGUUGGACUGAAUUGUUGCAGAUGUGGGAGAACAGGCUUCAGCUAUUGUCACAGAAUCUGAACCUUCAUAUGUUCAUGAAGGAUGCCAUACAAGCAGAAAUUAUACUCAACCAGCAAGAACAUUAUCUUUCAAAAGACAAAAGUCCUACUAACUUGGAACAAACAGAAAAUAUGAUCAAGCAACAUGAGGCUUUCCUCUCAACCAUGGAGGCAAAUGAUGAGAAAAUCAAUGGUGUUGUUGAGUUUUCAGAGAGAAUAUGUAAUGAAGGUCAUUUUGCAGCUGAUAGAAUACACAAGAAGGCUGAAAAUAUCAAAGAGAGAUGUAAUGCUAAUCAUCAAGAAGCUAUAAAACAGAUGGACAAACUUAAGGAUCAACUUGAACUUCAUCAAUUUUUACAAGACUGUGAUGAAUUUUCUGAUUGGAUGCAAGAAAAAUUUAUCACUGCCCAAGAUGAAACUUAUCGAAGUGCAAAGACUAUUCAUAGCAAAUGGACUCGACACCAAGCCUUUGAUGCUGAAGUUGCCUCCAACAAACCUCAGUUGGAAAAGUUAGUUGAGGCUGGGCAAGCACUUAUUGCUGAUAAACCUGACAUGAAAGAUAUCAUUGAACCCCAUUUGGAGGAUCUUGCACAGCAGUUUGAAAUCUUGGAAAGGACAAUAAAGGAGAAAGAAGAGAAAUUGUUUAAUGCCAACAGACCAGUUCUUUAUGAACAAACCUGUGAUGAUGUAGACAGCUGGAUUACCGACUUAGAAAACCAAGUUCUAUCUGCUGAAACGGGCCAGGAUCUUACCAGUGUGAACAUCAUUCUUCAAAAACAACAGAUGAUAGAAACUCAAAUGGCAGUAAAGUCCAAACAGGUGUCUGAAAUUAAGAAUCAGGCUGAGUUUCUAGAGAAGUUGGAACCUGAUAAAGGUGAUGACAUUCAAGCAAGGAAGGUACACGUGGAAGAGAGAUUUCAACGCCUUCAAGCUCCAUUACUGGAAAGGAAAACCCAACUUUUAAAGAAAAAAGAAGCCUACCAGUUUCGUAGAGAUAUAGAAGAUGAGAAACUAUGGAUACAAGAGAAGAUUCCACUAGCUUCAUCAACAGACUGUGGAAAUAGUCUCUUUAGUGUACAAAUGCUGAAGAAAAAAUAUCAGUCACUUCGUACAGAGAUAGAUAACCAUGAGCCAAGGAUCAUGAAUGUAUGUGUAAAUGGACAGAAACUGAUUGAGGAAGGCCAUGAAGAUGCUGAAGAAUUCCAGCAACACAUUGAUGAGCUUGUAGCUUUAUGGCAACAAUUAAAUGAUGCCAUGGAUGGUCGUAAAAAUAAACUUGAAGAAUCCGAAAAAGCCCACCAGUAUUAUUUUGAUGCUUCUGAAGCAGAAGUCUGGAUGAGUGAACAGGAGUUGUACAUGAUGGUAGAUGACCGUGGGAAAGAUGAAAUCAGUGCUCAGAAUCUUAUGAAAAAACAUGAAAUUCUGGAGAAUGCUGUGGAGGAUUAUGUAGAUAUGGUCAAACAAUUAGGAGAUGUUGUUAAACAUCUUGUUGCAGAAAGUCACCCAGAAAGUGAUCAGCUUACAGUUAGACAGUCUCAGAUUGAUAAGUUGUAUGCUGGGCUUAAAGAUCUUGCUUUCGAGAGACGUGGUAAACUGGAUGAAGCUCUUAAACUAUUUUCUUUGAAUCGAGAAGUGGAUGACUUAAUGCAGUGGAUAGCUGAACGAGAAGUAGUAGCAGGAUCUCAGGAACUUGGGCAGGAUUAUAAUCAUGUUACAGUGCUCCAAGAACGAUUUAAAGCCUUUGCUCAAGAUACUGAACAUACUGGAACUGAACGAGUAAUAGAUUUUAACCAGAGUGCUGACAAUUUGAUCACCUUGGGUCAUUCAGAUAGUGCCACCAUUGCUGAAUGGAAGGAUAAUGUUAAUGAAGCUUGGACAGAUUUACUGGAGCUCAUAGACACUCGAAUACAGAUGCUAGCCGCUUCCUGGCAACUACAUCGAUUCUUUCAUGAUUGCAAGGAUGUCUGUGGCCGUAUUUUGGAGAAACAAAAUGCUCUUUCUGAUGAGCUUGGAAGAGAUGCUGUAGGUGUAUUUAACCUGCAGAGAAAACAUGCAAACUUUGAAAAUGAUCUACAAACUCUUGAAAUAGCUGUAACACAAAUCAAGGAUGACUCAGAAGAGUUACAAAUAUCUUAUGCCGGAGAAAAAGCUCAGGAGAUUAUUGGACGAGAAACUGAGGUUGUCAGUGCUUGGCAGAAUUUACUUACAAUGUGCCAGAACCGACGUGUGAAGUUAGAAGAAACUGGAGAUCUCUUCCGUUUCCUUAACAUGGCAAGAGAUCUGAUGCUGUGGAUGGAAGAUGUUGUGAGGCAGAUGAGCACUACUGAAAAACCAAGAGAUGUAUCAGGUGUAGAGUUAUUGAUGAAUAAUCACCAGAGCUUGAAAGCUGAGAUAGAUGCCAGAGAAGACAACUUGUCUGUCUGUAUAAGUCUGGGAAAAGAGCUAGUAAUUAGAAGUCACUAUGCAUCCACUGAAAUUAAAGAAAAACUGUUGUUCUUAACAAACCAGAGAAACACAAUGAUGGAGAGGUGGGAGGAAAGAUGGGAACACUUGCAGCUAAUCUUGGAAGUUUAUCAGUUUGCUAGAGAUGCAGCUAUUGCAGAAUCUUGGCUAGUGGCUCAAGAACCAUAUCUUCUUAGCCAAGAAUUAGGUAUGACAAGUGAUGAAGUUGAGCAGCUAAUAAAAAAGCACGAGUCAUUUGAAAAAUCAGCAGCAGCACAAGAGGAAAGAUUUGCAGCUUUGGAGAGGUUAACAACAUUUGAACUAAAAGAACAAAAAAGAAGAGAAGAAGAGGAGGAAAAAGAGGCUGAAAGGAAGAGACAAGAGGAACUGGCAAAACAAAUAGUUCAGGAACCUGAACCAGUUGUAGAUGAACCAAAAGCUGUUGCUGAAAAGGAAGAAGUUGAGGAGCCACCUGUGGAAAAGAAAGAAAAGGAUAUCAGUGAGGAACAGGAACCAGUUGUAGAGGAAGCCCCAGAAGCUGUGACAGAGGCACCUCCUCAGGUUAUUACAGAGUCUCAAUCUGCUCCAAGUACACCAUUUUCUGAGAAGGAAAAGAAAAAACGAAGGUCUCUCCCGAGAUCUCCUUUUAGUAGCUGGAGAAGGAAGAAGGGUUCAGCAGUGAAUGAAACUGAUGCUGGUUAUCCCAAAACAGAACAUGCAAGUCCUUCAUCCAGUCCUACCAAGGAGGAGGACAUACAAUUUGCUGGAAUGCUUGUUAGAAAACAUGAAUGGGAAUCAACCACAAAAAAAGCCUCAAAUAGAUCUUGGGACAAACUUUACUUGGUGCUUCAAGGAAAGACACUGCUUGCGUAUAAAGACCAAAAACACUUCAAAAUGGAACCAGAGAAUUACUUCCAUGGAGACCAACCCAUUGAUCUUACGGGAGGUGGAGCUGAAAUUGCUGGUGAUUAUACGAAGAAGAAACAUGUCUUUAGGCUGAAAUUACCUGGUGGAGCAGAAUACUUGUUCCAGGCUAAAGAUGAUGAAGAGAUGAGUAGCUGGGUCCAGAAGCUUCAGGUGGCUGCUGGAGAAGGAGAAAGCCCUGGUUGGCCUUCUCGUUCCCAGACUCUUCCUGCUAAAUCUGAAGGAGAGAAAAAAGAAGAACAUAAAAAGCGUGGAUUUUUUACUCUGAAGAAAAAGUAACAGGCUCUUCCAGUUUCUGUGCAUCUCUGUUCUUCUUUGCAGUUACUGUUUUGAAUGCAGCCAGAUGAAACAAUUUGCAUGAAUAAUGGCAUUGCAGCUAUUGCUAAGAAAACGUUUAUAUGUUGGUUAAAAAAAAGUAUUUAGUUUUCUCAAGGAAUUAGUGUUUAAAUUUGGUUUUGUUUGUUCUCUUGUGCCAUCUUAACAUUUGUGGAACUUGUGCACAUUUUUGCUAAUAAAAUAAAACAUUAAUUUCAUUUACUUCUUAAAAUGUUUAUUGUAUGCACAAUGUAAUAGUCUGGAAAAAGCUAACCUGUAGAAAUCAAGAGAUAACCUAUUUGGUCUUGGCUCUGAUAAAAUAAUAUAAGAGUAUCUAUUUUCUCCUGGUCAGUUGGUUUAGAUGCAUGAGUUUGGUAACUGCUAUUGAGUUGCUGAACAGUGUGCCAUUUUUUUUUCACAGUCCUCUUAUUAUCAGAUCCAACUUGCAUGCAGUUGAGAAGAACAGUGUGUCUUUAUCCAGGUUUUGGAACUCAGAACAGCCUUUAAAGUUAAAUAAUUGUAAUAGUAUGUAAAAUAAAAAUUUUAUAGUUAUCAGAAAUUUAAAAUCUAAAAUAUAAUUUGUUGUGAGAGUUAUAUACGAUUGAUCUAAUGAUAUUUUAGAUUUAUAUCUUUAUGUUAGAGAAUUUUAUUUAAAUGCUGAGGUUUUUAAGUGCAUAACUUCUGAUCAUUCCUUCCUUUUAAAAUUUAUCUUUAGCUAUUGAACCUUUGAGCCAUCCUAACUAUGUAUUAUGCUUUGUGGAUAUAAAGUUGUCCAUAAAGAUGAGCUCUUUACUACCAUUUUUUUAGGUUUUAUUUUUUGUUCAACUUAAAUCAGAAAUAUUUUUGAUAUUUUGUUUUGUGUCCAGAUGUGAAAUUAGAGAAAUUAAAGCUGUUAUACUGUUGGUGUGGUUUGUUUUAACAAUGUGAUGUUUAGUUCUAAAAGGGGCCUGCCAGUAUUUAAAAUAUUGAUUUUGAUAUUUUAUCAAUCUACAGCUCAGUUUAGUAUAACAAAAUUACAGAAAUUAAAUCUUUUUUUUUAUCAAAUUAUUUAGAACAUAAUUUAGCUAUUUUGUUAUUUUCUUAUUAAGUAUUAAAUAUGUAAGUGGAACAGAAGCAGUUACCACAUUAUUUUAAAAGUUUUCAAAAGUACAUGUAAUAUAAAUAUGCAAUGUAAAAUUUGUGAAAGGUAAAAUAAUGCUGUUAGUUUAAAAUAGCAUAAUUUUAUGUCUAAAAUCGUAAAUUGAAGAGAUUUAUUUUUUUUUCUUGUUAGAAUAUUUACAAGAGUUUACAUACUGUUAUUUACUUGAUAGAAUUGUAUAACAUGUUUCAUUAGCAAGCUAUAUCUGGUCUGUAGCCUAUGUUCUAUUUUUCAUGUCCUAACCUGUGUUCAGAGCAGCUUGCAGUUGAAUGAAAAAUAAAGUUCUUUUCUUGUUCAGAA